AUGCAAUGUUCACAGCAAUUACACCAAAACCUUCAGAAAGAUGUAAUGUCUGUGAGACAUGGCGAGCAAAGAAUAUUUAAAUAUGAAAAGGAGCUGGGGAAAACAGAUGAUCGAGAACUUUUGAAAACGAUUCGUCGAAGACUGGUAGCACUUGGGUUUGCGCUUGUUCAGUGUGAUCCCUUGGUUUACAGGGAAAAAGACAUCGAUACCCUCAUUUGGAAUCAAUGCUAUUAUAAAGAAAUAUCAAAACAAAGGAAAAUGAGACACAUGAAUACUGAGGAGUAUUUAAGUUUUCUGAAGGAGGGAAUAAACAACUAUGAAUACAUGGUGAUGAAAUUAAAGAAAUCCGUCUCAUCGGAGCAUGUUCUGUGUUCCUAUUCGUUUCUUAUUCACAUGGGAGAUCUGUUUCGGUAUAUUUACUUGGAGGAGCCAAAAAACAGCGAGUCCUUUGCUUCUUCCCAGGAGUGUUAUUUGAAGGCCAUUCGGUGUGAUCCAACCCAAGGAAAUGCGUAUCACCAACUGGCCGUUUUGGCCUCCUAUAAGAGAUCCUAUUGUCAAGCACUCUACUACUGCAUUCGUGCGAUUACCUGUCCUUCUCCGUUCUCCACGGCAUUCAGCAACAUUCCAUACCAUUUUGCCGAAAAUGAGAAAAAUCUAGCAAAAGCACAAUCCAUGUAUCCAGUUUUGAAUAAACAUCAUUGUAACGAAAAAUUGCUUCUCCAGUUCGUCGAUUGUUGUAGCCACCUCUACCACUCUUCUCCACACCCAUCCUUUGCUGCUUCGCUCAGCCAGUUCGCCUCCACCCUGAAUUGGUGUUUGGAGCAGGACAAGCCUUCUUCCACAGUGAUGAUCCGCAUGCUGGCCAUUGCUAUCUUCAGUGCGGAGGAUCUUUGGAGUUGCUUCCACCAAGAAGAAGCGAAUUGCUAUUUCCUCACAUUGCCGAUUCUGGACGGAUGGUCACUGCUUCUCACUCUCAUGACGAAUGUGAUUCGCUAUACAGCCAUUCCUGCGCGACCCUCGAAGCAGCAAACUGGUAUUGACCCACAUUGCCUCGGUUUCUCUCUUCCUGCAUUCUUUGAGUCAUCGAACAAUCCUGUGAUGGCCUUCUUGCCCAUCGCUGAGUUCUUGGAGCUGGAAGCUGCGUUCUGGAAGCAGCUCGGCUUGCUGCGAAGUCGUCUUCCGCCUGUCAACGUGGAGGAUCCGUCGAGCCAGCCUCUUCUCGAGUAUGAAGCGGAUUUCGUUACAUUUUCGCCACUCUCAGAUUGCUUUCGGAACGCACACACAAACCCCGAUCUUCCAAACUCGCACGAUGCGUCCCAUGUGUCCAUCCAACCCCACGAUCAAACGCUGAUUCUCUACAAAAUCCAUCGAUGCAUCCAAGACCUGAAAUCUCAUCUGCAGUCUUCCAAGCGCGACGUUUCGUCCACUCCUCUCUCCCCCAAGCGCAUUCACUUCUAA